AUGAGAAACUCGCUUCGGCGUCUACUACCCAUCGUGCACGUAAUAAGCGCUCUAUUCAUAUUAUGGAAAGGCUUAUCAAUCCUCACCAACUCUCCCUGUCCCAUCCACGUCGUCGUAUCAGACUCAAUGGCGCCGACCUUUAAACGUGGCGAUAUCAUCAUUGUAUCCAACCAGGAGCAGGAGAUCCAGAUAGGAGACAUUCCUGUCGUCUGGUUCUCUAAAGCACCUUUGCCAAUGGUUCACAGAGCAAUCAAGAUUAUAUGGAGAGCAAGGCCAGGAAGCCGAGUUACAGAGCAAUUGAUUCUCACAAAGGGCGACAAUAAUGAGAUGGAUGAUGUCGCGCUCUAUCCCGGCAAUAGGAAGUAUAUCUAUAGGGAUGAGAUUAUCGGGGUUGUUCGAGGUUAUGUGCCAUACUUAGGGUGGAUAACUAUACUUUUAAACGAAAUGCCAUACUUGAAGGUUGGGCUCCUUGCCAACUUGGUUUCUCUCAGCAUUUUCACAUAA